UCGCGCACGAGAGCAAUCCGUGUAUUUGUGUGUCGUAUAGGCCAGGGAUGUGAGCGAGGGGCGACGAUAAUGGGGAAUAACCGGGACCCCGGUGCUCUGGAGUGGACACAACGACUGGACGGUGAUCAUCAAGGGGGUUAACGUGAAGAUCAGCCAUCUCUAGAGUGUUUUAAACAGAUUCGCAAGGCUUGAUGGAUUUUAUUGGGUUAAAUGAUCAAUUGAUUGUCACUGGAGACGUUGAGGCAAGACACCAGAUAAAGCUCACAUAACCAUACUGGAUACGAUUCACCCAUUUCCAUGGCGUUAUCAUCGACCCAGAGCCGAACAGGUCACCCGGACCCAGGACUAAAGCGGGUUCACCGGGUCUAAAGCGCUCAAUCUGUCGUGUUUCCGGCGAUGUCCGCGUCCUGCCUCGAUCUGCGCAGCGCGAUUUCAGCACCACCGCAGCUGGACAGCGACCGCAUGGAACGAGCGCUCGAUCCCAGCCGUCAAAGCUCGCCAGACACCGCCGGGGAAUAUCAGACCCUCACGCUGCUACACACCGCGCCCGGGGGGCUCGGCAUGGCUUUGGAGGAGGAGCUGGCCAUGCUCACCGGAGAACGGGAGGAGGACCUAGAGGUAUCCGCCUCAGAGACACCUGUGAGCGGACAGGACUCUGACCUACUGUCGCUCUUCCGGCAGAAAGAGAAGGACUUGGUCCUCGCUGCUAAACUGGGCAAAGCUCUACUUGAAAGAAACCAAGACCUCACAAAGCAAUAUGACAAAAUGACCAAGGAUUUAAACGACAAACUGGAGCUCCUGGAGCAGGAAAAACACGAGCUGCGGCGUCGUUUGGAGAGUCGCGAGGGUGAGUGGGAAGGCCGGGUGGCCGAACUGGAGACUGAUGUGCAACAACUGCAGGGGGAGCUGGAGAGACAUCAGGUGCAGCUGCGCGAGGCCGACCGUGACAAGAGCCGAGCCAUCAGCGAGCUGUCAGAACAGAACCAUCGACUGCUGGAGCAGCUCAGCAGGGCCGCCGAGGUGGAGAAACAGUUGUCUACUCAGGUUCAUUCUUUACGGGAUGAUUUCAAAGAGAAAAGCAUCUCCACCAACCAGCACAUGACGCGCCUUGAGACCCUACAGGCCGAGCAAGGGCUUGAAAUAAAGAUGUUGUCAGAACGUAAGCAGGAACUGGAGCGACGUGUGAACGCCAUGCUGGAGGAAAACGAGCAGCUGCAGAACACGGUGGAGGAGCUGAGAGAGCGAACGCUGGUGCUGGAGAAACAGUGUCACGACAAGGACUUACAGCUGCGGCAGAGCCAGCUGGAGCUGCAGGAGGUGCGCGUGUCUCACAGGCAGCUGAGCGCUCGUCUGGAGGAGCUGACGGAGGAACGCAGUCUACAGAGCUUCAGUCCGAACCCACACAGCCUUCUCUGUGAGAUCGAGCAGAGUAUGGAGCAGGAGGAGCUGGAGCAGGAGAGAGAGCAGCUUCGGCUGCAGCUGUGGGAGGCCUACUGUCAGGUGCGUUCCAUCUGCUCACAGCUGAGAGGAAAUGACAUCACAGACUCCGCCUUAUCCACAGACUCAUCCAUGGACGAAUCUUCGGAGACGUUGUCGGCAAAAGACGUCCCCAUGGGUAGUUUGCCCGCUAGUCUUGUGGAGCUGCGCAGACUUACGCAAAACCUGCUGGACGGCAAUGAAUCUACGGGUUCACGGCGCAGUGAUGAGGAGGUAUUAGAAGAGCAGGUGCGUAAAUUGAGCGAGGAGCUGCGAGAACUUAGAGAACUGUAUGAACAGGAGCAGGAAAAAACACGCAACAGCCAGGAGGAGGCGCUACAGCUCCAUAAUCAGGUGGCGCUGCUCUCGGUGGAAGUUUCUUCUUCAAGAGAAGAGAACGAACGGUUGAGAGCGAUGGCAGAAGUACGCGAGCCCAAUGAGCAGUUACAGAGUGCUAUACGAGACAGAGAUGAAGCCAUUGCCAAGAAGAAAGCCGUGGAGAUGGAGCUGGCGAAGUGUAAGAUAGACAUCAUGUCUUUGAACAGUCAGCUGUUGGAUGCGAUACAGCAGAAACUCAACCUGUCUCAGCAGUUAGAAGCCUGGCAGGAUGAUAUGCACAGAGUUAUCGAUCAACAGCUGAUGGAUAAACACCAGGAGGAGUGGAAGGAUCCUCCGUUCUCCUUCAGCGGGUCGCGAGGCGGAGCUCCUUCCAGACGAGCACAUCGCCUCUCGGACGGAGACAAGCGCCUCUUUUCAUUCUUUAAGAAGAACUGAGAUUAUCUGAAGACAUGGAGGAAGAGAGUGUGAGAACAGACAUGAGAGAAGGGUACAACAAAUGAAAGAUAGAAAGUCAUUAGAUGAGUGCUUCUCAACUGGUGUUGCUCAUUUAAUGUACUAACGUAAAACAAAAAUAUCCUUAAAAUCAAAUAAUAAAAUGCAUUAAUUGAUUGCAUCGAUGCACUCAAAAAAUAUUUAGGCCUAAAUUUAGAUUUGAUAUAAAUUUAGAUAUUUUGAUUUAUGAAUUGCAUAUAAAAUUCCCAUGCAUUUGGAUUACAAACUAAUAAAUAGCACUCAUAAACUGAAUGUUUUAAAUACACAAUAACCACAUUUAUAUAUUUAUCAUCAAUAAAUCCAAUUUGUUUUUUAUCUCAUACAUUUGUAUUAAUUGAAUAUUGCUUGUUCCACAGCUAGCCAUAUUUAAUCAUGUUCAUACUUUUAACUGAAUACAUUUUUCACAAUGAACAGAUUUAUGCUGAUUCUAAACAAUUCAAAUAAAUGCAUUUGAAAAAAAAAAUAUGGUAUUCUCACUAUUAACUACGACUUUUGCCUCAAUAAACUCCUAUAAUUACUGCUUAUUAAUAUUUAGUAAGGUAGUUUUCAGGUUUAGGUAUUGGGUAGGAUUAUGGAAUGUAGAAUAAGGCAUUAAUAUGUGCUUUAUAAGUACAGCCAAUAAUCUAUUAAUAUGCAUACUAAUAAGCAAUUAGUUAAUAGUGAGAAUUGGACCCUAAACUAAAGUGCUAACAAAAAUAUGAUUAUUAAAAUCAAAUCAAGUGAAAAUAGUUAAUUAUAAACAACACCAUGCAGAAAGCUCAGUUUGCAUCACAUUAAGUUUAUUAGUUUUUUUUAAAUGGUGGAAAUUUUAUAUGCAAUUCAAAUACAUAAAUCUUAUUUUUUAAGCGUACAUCGAUAGUUUUAUGCUCUCAGCACCCAAAAAUUCACUGUAAAAACAAAGACAGUGCCAUUUUUGGGUCACGACCCAGCGGUUGAGAAGCACUGCGCUAACAGACGAGUCCUCUGACGGCUUUGAGCCAUUUUGCACUUUAUCUGUACCCUCAAACCUCACUCAGAGAGCUUCGGGAGUGGAGUAGAAAUCUUACGAGACACGCUCUGAUAGGGUGAAGCCCUGUGUCAGGGUCUGUUCAACAGGGUUCCCAGAAUUCUCCAGUCCUAUCAGAGGUCAGUUUCCCCUGCGAGUGCCUCGGAAAGCUUGUCCUCACCUCACUGCCAGAGACUGACGGAGACACAUCCGCUUACCGACAAAUCACAGGAUUCGCUAGAGACUCAACUCAGGAUGAACUUCAGACGGUUCAGGACAUCACGCUGUAGUUACAGGCCCAGACGGAAUCUGUGGACGUCUUCUGCAGUUUCUGUGGGAUAAAAUAUGCGAGUACUACAGUAUUAUUCAAAUUAGCCAAAAUAUGAAUGGGGAAAGGACGUGUAGCAUGACGUGGAUAGUGUAUAUCGGCAUACAUGUGUCAUUUACGGACACAGAUUCCGUGUUGGCCUGAUUAUAGAUGAUGUUUGAAUGCUGCAACAGUUGUUCUGCUCUUGGGUUCAUUCACAGAGCCAUUUUAUAUAUAUAUAAAAAAUAACCAGAUGAAUGUAAUUAACUUUCUAACAACCAUAUGGAUAUUAUAUAAAAUUAACUUUCAGCAGCUGCUUACACAGAAUAAAAAAAAAGAUCAUUAUACAGUAAAAAACAUGCAACAUGAAAAUAAUAAUAACGCAACAGGAAAAUGUGUUGUGGCUAUUUUAUCAAACAUACCUGCUUGUUUUGUAACAAGUUUCUGGAGAAAAGCAUUCAGGACAGUAUUAUGGCUGUUUCAGCUGCUUGAUAAUAAACUUCAGGCCAUCAGCAUCACGAUCUGUGAUGUGAAUGAACCAAAGAGCAGACGUGUUGAGCUGUAACUGAGGCUGUAGACCGCAUCUGAAAAAUGUUGUUUACACACUUACAAACACACACACACACACACACACACACACACACACACACACAGUAGAAAUCAGAGAGAAACACCAAACUGAAUACUCACCUUUAGAAAACAGCAGUCCUCCAAGAUGCACUAAAACUGUGGCUGUGUUCAGAAUGCAAUAUUAGAAUACUGUGCAUAUUGUACUACAUUAUAGAUAUAUAUAUAUUUUUUUUAAAUAGUGUGACACUGUAUGCUAUGGAAGCUUGUUUCCGCCAUGGAAUAAAAAAAGAUAAGAGACUUUUUUUCUCAGAAUUGUGAAAUAUAAACUCGCAAUUGUGACUUUAUAACUCACGAAGUGAGAAUUAUGUGAUAUAAAUUUGCAAUUUCGAGUUAUAAAUCAGAAUUGCGAGAUAUAAAGUCAAAAUUGUGAGGUAUAAAGUCACAAUUGCGUUAUAAAAUGAGAAUUGCAAGAUAUAAAGUCAGAAUUGUGAGAUAUAAAGUGAGAAUUGAGAGUUAUAAAGUCACAAUUGCGUUAUAAAGGUCAGUGCUUUUUUUCCUCAGAAUUGGCCUUUAUAACUCGCAGUUGCAAGUUUAUAUCUCACAAUUCUGAGAAAAAAAUAAGAAUUGCAAGAUAAAGUCACAAUUACCUUUAUUUCUUAUUCAGAGGCGGAAACAAACUUCCAUAGUAUGCAGAAUGCUACAGUACUUCAAACAGCAGUGUGCUACAUUGUAGUCACAAAGACUAAAAAUGACUUAAAUUUAAUUUAACUUUUAGUAAUCCAAUCAAGCAAGUCAAAAAAUGUUACAAGAGAUUUUUAUUUUAUUACUUCCAGUUUAUUUGUCAUACUGUAAAUGGAAGGCCAAGUCAAGUGCAUUGCAUUGUGGGAUAGUAUUCAAUGCAGUAAAUGCUGUAUAUGGAUACUUCACAUUUUGGCAACUGUAGUAAGUCAUUUCAGUUUUGUUGCAUAAAAAACAUGAGUAGCGUGCUAGUAUGGUAUUCUGAACACAGUCAGGGUCAUUUUUAGCGUGUACUUCCUCCAGCCACUGGUCAUGUGGAGAUUCCAGCCUGUGAGAAUGAAGGGAGCACUUGUGUCCUGAUCGUGAGCUGUAAUUGGGUAUGUUUUCUGUUUCUUUCAAAUCUGUUUGGUGUGUGUGUGUGUGUGUGUGUGUGUGUGUGUGUGUGUGUGUUUGUGUGUGUGUUUUUGGGUUCAGUCAGUGAAAGUUGGGCAGAUUUUGAGCAAAGCUAUGCAGCUGUCUUCUUUCUCGCAGAGGUGAUUUCUGGUUUGGAGAAACCCAAAGAGUGAUUUUUUUUAUACGAACAAAGACACAAAUAGGUUUGGAAUAAGAAAAGGAAUCAAUAUAUUUGUAAAUGUAUAACUUUUGAAUGAUAAAUCAACACUUUUUUUUAGAACACUCUCCAUGUAAGCGUGUGUCUGUCAUGUUGUCUGAUUUGUACGUGUUUCUGGAGGAUGGAUCAGGUCCGGUUCUGUUCUGCUGUCUGAUUAGAGUUGAAUGUAAUCCAUUUAAAACCACCAAAACUCUCAAUCCAGACUCAAUAAGUAUCAUUCUAUAUCGAUCCAGAUCAAUGUGAAAUAAGAUGAUCAAUCCAGUCUGUAGGAGAGGUAAUACAGGUGAACGAUACAAAAGUUUCAUUGCAACAAAGCCACAUGAAUAUUAACCAUAGUGACUGUUUUCAGUAUGCAAAUUAGACAUCAUCUUACUAAAUUUGCAAAAAUAUACAUAUUAUAACAGAAGUGAUUGAAAUUCCACAGAAAAUAUCAGCUCAAGUGUUUAAAGGUACACUAUGUAACUUUUGAAAAAAAAAAAAAAAAACUGCAUGCAUUUUGCGGAAGAACAUUGUUUUGGUUGUGCUUCGGCUCUAUGUGACUGUGCGGAUUAUUAUUGUUAACCUACUGCUCAUAAAACAUUCACUACUAGGCUUAAGAGAGAUAACCAAUUUAGAUGGAAAUAUCUCAAGCUGACUAGCUGAAGAAGUUACUGUAGCUUUACCCAUUAAUAGACACAAUACUUCCUUGAAAAUAAAUUCCAGCACAGCGCUGCAACAAACCAUAAUGAAACGAGCUUCACAAUAGAUAAUGCUUUACAGUGAACUCUGUUAGAGAGAUACAUAUGACUAUUUACCUGUUCAAUAAAACACCUUACUCACCUGUUGAGUCAUAAAAACACCAUCUCAGCAUCACUUUUACAGCAUUUCAAAUCCCUCAGUUCUCAUCAUCUCUGAAAAGCCAAGCUAAUGUUGAUUCUUGUUUUAUUACGAGCUCCGUCUCAUUCUCUUUUCGCCAGCAGACUCUCCUGUGUUCACCGUUUGUUUAUAUCAGAUGAUUCCCCAGAGGUUGGAGAUUUAGCUGCUCCAUGUCAACAUUCUCACUCGUUGUGACAACUAACCUCUGCCACACCAGACACACGUCAAAGCAGCCGGUGUGGUGAGAAAUCGAGUCCCCCUAGAAAUCAGGUCUCCUUUAGGACUUUUAAUGGGUAGUAUUUUUAGCGCCUGAUUAUAAUAUGUUAUAAUGAGCAUUAAUGUCUUUUAAAUGACAUGGUUCAUAUACUAGUAUAUAACUGAAGUUAUAGGUUGUGAAAUCAAGCAUUUCUCGUUCUUACUGUUUUUUUUUUUUAGUUAGCUUAUGUACAAGAAUAACAUACAUCUACCCAAUUAGCCUGCUAGCUUAGCUUAUAUUAUAUUAGGUGUUUUUUGCUUCAAAUAUGUUUCCAGUUUGUUUUAUUAUGCAAUACACAGGCAUUCAUUUUAUAUUUCAAGCAUGUUGUUUGUGCACUUACUGUAAUAAACAUCAUACAAUAGUGAAAUAGGUUAUAAUUAGUCAAGAUGAUAACACCAUAACAACUUUUGAUCAGGCAUUACCGCCUGGGUCCUAAAGGAGACCCAAUUCCAGAGGGGGACUCGAUUUCUCAUGACACUGGAGCAACUUUUCUCUAUUUAUGGAUAUGAUGAGACGCGCACAGGCGAGUGACGCACAUACGCAAUUUCCAGCAAAAACCAUUCUGUCAGGUCUAAAAUAUAAACGCUUAUAACAGGCUUACCAUAAUGAAUCAAGGUAAGACAAGAACACGUUUUGGAAGAAGGAUUGAUGAUGUAUUGACAAAGUUACAUAGUGCACCUUUAAGUAUUUUUUUUAACUAAAUACAUGCAUAUGUGCAUGUAAAUAAACAUUCUUCUUCCAUUUUAGAAGAAAAACAUCCUGUUCAAAUAAUUUAAUUUACUCUGAAUUUUAUUUACUACAUAAGCAAAAUGUAUGGAAGCUUGUUUCCGCCACUGAAUAAAAAAUAAAAAAGGUAUAAUUGUGACUUUUUAUCUCACUUUUUUCUCAGAAUUGCAAGAUAUAAACUCACAAUUGCGUGAUAUAAAGCCAGAAUUGUGAGAUAUAAACUUACACUUCUGAGGAAAAAAGUCAGAAUUGCGAGUUUAUAUCUCACAAUUGAGUUUAUAACACGCAAUUGUGAGUUUAUAUCUCGCAAUUGUGAGAAAAGAAGUCAGAAUUGUGAGAUUAAAAAAAAAAAAAAAAAAAAAAAAAAAAAAA